UUUCUUCCUUUUUACAGCUUAUUGCUAUAUCAUAGUAUAUAAUAUGUAAUAAAUAAACACGUGUCUCUUCAAACUUAUCUUCAUCAAAUCUCCCUAUUUAUAUCUUGACAUGUUGAGUUUAGUAGAUUAGAGGAAUUCUGAGAUUAAUGGCUCUAUAUUCAUUUGUCUUUAUUUCUGUAUGGAGUAAAUAAAUCGUUUAAGAAACAUGUUUUAUUAAUAUUAAACCCAUAUUUUGAAGUAUUUUUAUUGUGAAAUGAUUAUUUGACUUCUUGAAGUUUUUGCUGGUAACUUGAGAUCUGUGAGAUAUUGUCCUUUAUUAUUCCAAAUUAUGAAGAUAUGUUUUUUAAGAAAAAGAAGUGCUUCAUGGGGCACCAUGUUUGUUUCUUCUUUUACAGCAAUCUUUUAAUAAAUACUCAGCAUAAAAAUGUGCAAUAAAAUGCAAUUUGAACACGUACGGCACACAUGCCAGAUACUGAGAUUACAGCAAUUUUUGAUCAACUUGUAAUUGGUGCCAUCUUGUAGAUGUUAUUUUAUCAGGUCGGUGAAAAAACACAAUGAUAUGUAAAAAGGACAGUUCAUGUAUUUUAUGCCCACAUGUUGUCACAUAGCAUAGUUUGCUAACAAUAUAUUUUGUAAUACCAAAAUAGAUUGCUAUACUUUUUGAAGGAUCAGAAAAAAAAUCACUGUGGAUAAAAAACAAAGAUGACCAAUUAUAGGAAAAGAAGGCUAAAAUACUGUUUGAAACAAUUGUUUUAAAAUUUAUUGAAGACCUGCUUGAAGUGCUCUGUUGAAAAUUGAUGCCACUGUUUUACUCCCCUCACUGUGGAUUUAAUGUGUUUCUCUGAAACAUGCGGCAGGUAACUUUGAUUAAAAUGUGAUUUAAUCAAAGGAACAAUGUAUGUUUAGUGCAUGCAAGAAGGAAAUUGCUAAAGAAAUUGUUUAACUUGUGUUGUGAGACCAGGCAGAAUAAAUGUUUAAUCACUGGGUUUAUGAGUUUGCAGAGUGUUUUACAUUAUUGUGUAUUGAGCAUUAUGUGACUUUAUGGGUGUGUUUAGAAAACUGGUAAAAGACUGAGUGAUGCUUGAAUUGAGAGCAAUAUACAGAGUGCGCAUAGAUCUAAUGGACUAAAGGUUUUUCCAUUUCACAUUCCAUCCUGCUCACUGUGACGAUGAUAGAAAUAAACCUCUGUGUGUGAAAAGAUUCAUCUUUCAAAUAGUCUUGGUUUAAGCUAAAUAGUUGCUGGAAAAAAAAACUUUGUGUUUUGAUGCAAAAAACUUGAAAUGUUGCAUUCCCUCUACCUUUGCUUUGGAAAACAUCUUAAAAGUUGUUCUGUGAACCCUUAAAUCAUCUUUUCCAAAGAAAGGCGCAUACCUACUGGACAUGGAAUUGCAGGUCACUGCUGCCACAUCUCAUUGUUGCAUUGAAUAGGCGCUCCGAGGCAAUGUGGUACACUGGUAUGUUAUUGUCUUUGAGGAAAAUGAGACGUUUACUUGAAGUAAAACGGUGCACGGUUGAAGUGUUGAGUCGUGCGAGCACGUCUCGACGGUUACUGUGGAGACACGUAAAGUUUUCAAGACGACAAUAAUGGCAUCGUGAUAAAAAAAAUUAAAAAAUGAGACCAUGCUUGAGUUUUAAAAAACUACAUUUAAACGUGUUGAAAGAGCGUCCCAUUUCAAGCUGACCUUUCUAAUGAUGAAUUCAAAGUUCAGUUUUUUGACCGUGACAUCUUAAAAACCCUCAAACGUGCAGCAAUUACGUGUGAUUUUUGUCUUGAUCUUUAUCUUGGCGCUUAGAGUCGACAUACAGUCGGUUCAGUAGCCAUGUAGGGACCCGCAAUACAGAGGAAGAGGGGGAGGAAAAAAAGGGUUGCAAGCAUUUAUUCAAACAGCCACUACCGCACAGUGACACACCGAGACACAGAACAUCCUCGCAUCCCGAAAAUUGCUUUUUCCCACAGAAAACGUGUCCCUUUCUGUAAGGACGCCGCAUCGUCCCCACAACUCUGCAGCUGCACUUAUCGGGUCUGGUAGCUGGAGCCUCGGCAAAACAAGUCUGCUGUUUAUUUGUGAGCAAAAGCCGUCUUUGGGAGGCUGAAGAAGUGAAACUUUAGACACUCCCAAGACAAGCAGCGAAUAUGUAUAUUUGGGAGCAGACUUUAAAAUGCCGUGCUGAUAAAUAAAUACCUAAAAGAUAUUAAGUCUUGCAAAUGGAGCUCAUUUUGACUGAAUUCUCCCAUGAGUCCUGCUGCCGCCAGCAGACAGCAGGGCUACUGAGUGAGAUAAAGUGUAAUUAGGGGAGACCUAAUGGCCGAGGGAGGGAUCCUCAUUAAAGUUGCAUGUGGACCAUGCAAAAGACCCUUGGGGACAAACCAAAUACUGUUUUAGAGACUGUUCCAGUAUCUGGCAGUAGUCCUUAAAUCUUUUCACAUUUUGCUUCACAAACUUUAAGUAUUUUAUUGAUAUUUGAUGCGAUAGACAAACACUGAGAAGUUCCUUUGUUUCUACAAAUAGAAUCAGAAAAGUGCGGCAUCUAUUUGAAUUCAGUCGCCUUGUGCAAAUACUUUCCCAAGUCUUUAAAAUGCAGGAAGGGAAAUCCAAUGUAAAACCUAAGCCAAAUACGUGACUCACAAACAUCGGUUCUGUACUGGAUUGGUUGAGGCCGGGGUCAACAACGUUCGUCAACGUCGGCAUUGGGAGCAUCUUCUGCAGUGAGACUCCAUCUGAUAGGCAAAACGUACUAUUGAUCUGAGUUUAUGAAAUGUAAAAUGUAAUACUCAUAAUAUUAUGCACAUUGACUAUGCAUUGGAAGUCCUGUACUUCAAUCUUUCUCACCCAUAACUAGCUUCUGUGUUUUGCAUGGUCUCAUCUGACUAGAACUUGUUUGCACUGUCCUUUACCUGGCUUUGUUUCAAAACAAGUAACUAGUACUGAUGUGACAAUAGCAUUGCACUGCUUUCAAGAGAAUAUUUCCUGCAUAUUUGGAGCAAUCCUGCUCAUAAAAAGUUCGCCACCCUACUUAAAAAAACUUAUGUAAGAACAAUAUGUCUUCAUAAAACUGACAGAGGAAAUUGCUUGAAAAUAAGAUGAGCUCUUCUGUGUGUGUGUUAACUAAAGAGGACGGAAGUAACAGAUCGAAAGGAGAAGAUAAAGAGGCUUGUAUAUACACCAUGAUACCAACACAAACAGGAGAUUCGGCCUCGAUAAGGAAAUGAAGGAAAAGGGCGCAGCUCAAAUAAACCAUAACCGAUGCACCAGUGCAUCCCUCGCCCUCCUCGCUCUCCAACCGAAACUCUCGCCAGCCGUUGCUUCUGGACACACAUGGGGAGAUGAAAGUCAGAGGGCAGCUGCGGAGGCAUUUCUGAAAGAGCAGCAGGGAAAGGCAUUCCGUGAACUUUCUCAUCAGAGUUGGGAUCAGGACUUAAACACAGCCCAUCAAGGCUCACAAGAAUUCUCUGAGGUUGCAGAGCUCAGCUGCAAAAGAACAACAGCGGACGUUUAGAUCAGACGCUUCAAAUCUGAGGGAACAAACACGACACCCGAGGCAAUUACAGGUUACGGUGGAGUGAGGAUUGGCCAGAGGUGGCUCAGAAAUUGGGAUUCUGGGCGUGGGAGCUUUGCGCUCCUGUGGUGGACAAGUGAGGCAGAGCAUCCACAGAUGUUCAGAUGCAGAUUUAGUGUCUGUGAGGUGGAGGCUGACUGCGCAGUGAGAAGAGAAAGUACAGGAAAAGCAAGGAGUUCUGUUUAUAUGAGGAAUGACGGAAACGGAAGACAAGGUCUGGUAGAUCCUCAACGAGACUUUCGUUCAUUUUCAGGAUGAAGAAGAGGUAUGCCUUUUGGAGUCAGCUGAGGAAAAAAUAACUUUUUUUUAACACAUUCAUUUCUUAAUGAGACCAAUGAAGGAAUCGGAUCAAAUCAAGGACCUGACCUGGGAUUUUGACCAAUCCUGGGACUCGAUCAUUAAACCGGCCACGUGCCUUUGCCUCAACACCUUGGAUUUCUCUGACCUCUUCGAUGAAGACGACAGUGAAGAGGACGAGCAGCUCCUUACAUCACCACCAAGUCAACACCUGUCCGUGGCACCUCCUCCGCCACCUCUUCCACCGCCUCUUCCUCCACCUCCCACUUUACCUUCACCAUCUAAAGGUGCAGGGAUUAAGAGCCACACCUUGAAGCUUCACUGGAGGGAACUCCAGAACCUGACCCCGCUUCCCAGGAUGACGCGCUUUGGGAAGCAGACUAUAUGGGCCGGGCUGGAGCCAGUGCAGUUGGACACGAACCGUCUGGAGUAUUUGUUUGAGUCCAAGGCCACCAGCACCAGUUUUAAGGUGGUUUCUGGGUGGCAGAAGCAGUCGUCUAUUUCAGUGCUGGGCAUGAAGCGCAGUAACAUCAUAACCAUCGCCCUGAGCAGCCUGCCUCCACCUCGCCUCCUCCCUCCUGCUAUCUACAGCAUGGACAGCAGCGUGCUGGACAGAGAGGACAUUCAGCGACUUGAAGCUCUGAUCCCAACAGAGGAAGAGCUUUGUCUGAUCAACGAAGCCAAGGCCCAGAACCCCCACGCUCCCCUGGCCCAGGCUGAACUGUGUCUGCUCACCCUGGGGGAAAUACCUCACCUGAGAACAAGGCUUCAGCUCUGGACCUUCGCUUUGGACUAUGACUCCUUAGAGAAGGAAAUCGCUGAGCCUCUGUUCCACCUAAAGCUGGCCAUGGAACAGCUGGCCGCCAGCCAGACCUUCAGGUGCAUCCUAGCGACCGUGUUAGCCAUCGGUAACUUUCUCAACGGCUGUAAGGCCCGUGGCUUUGAGCUGAGCUACCUUGGAAAGCUGUCCCAGGUGAGGGACACGCACACGCGCCAGCCGCUGCUGCACCACGUCUGCGUGCUCCUGCUGCAGCUCUACCCACAAUCCUCUGACCUCUACUCUGACAUCACCGCCGUCACUAAAGCCGGCAAGUGUGACUACUCUCUAGUCCAGUCCAACUUUGCGCAGCUAGAGGCCAUGUGCAAAGCAUCCUGGGAGCAGUUGAAGGUUCUGGAAAAGGCUGAGGAAAAGAGGAAAGGAGGAAAAGGAGAUAAGCAGAAAGGGAAAGACGUGGAGAUGUUUGCUCCAGAGGGUUCGCUCCGUCACAAACUGCCCAAGAUCCUGAAGGAGUGCGAGGAGCGGCUGAAGGUCCUGAGAGCCGUCCACCGUCGGGUUAUCAACAGGUUCCACUCGUUCGUCAUGUUCCUGGGUUACUCCCGAGCCAUGGUGCGAGACACCAGAGCGGAGGACUUCUGCAGGACCAUCAGCAACUUCUCACUGGAGUACAGGUCCAUGAGGCAGGCCGUCCUCCUGCAGAGGGAGCGGGAGAGGGAGCGGCAGAAGAUCGGAGGUGAAAACCCGGGUCCCACCACGCCUGUGGGAAGGAGGAAAGGUCAGCUAACUCCAGCGUCACAGGAAAGUGAUGAACAAAACCGCCUGGAGGAAGUGCUGAGAACGCCGGAGUCCAUUCCGAGGAGGGAUGGGACUUUACCACGAAGCCGCCAACGGAUAGCUGACAUUAAAGAUUCGUUUUCAAGAAAACUGAAGGCAUGACCUUGCUGAUGUUCCCUUUUAGACACUGGAGAAAGUUAUUUAUGAUGUUGCCGUUACACUGAAAUGUUGAUCUCAUAUAUUCCCAUAUUUUACAGCCGGUGCAUUUUGCGGCAGAGCUUUUGUCGAAUACAUGGGAAACUUUGAGUUGAGGAUGAAUUUUGUAAUUUGCAUGAGUCAAACUAUUGCUCUUGUUGUUUUUAUGAACAGCUAAAUUGAAGUUAGAUUGAAAAAAAAAAUUAUCCUUAUGAAAAAACUGAUGCUAAUAGUUUUGAUUUCAAUCCGGUUUUGACUAUCAAGCUAAAGCAACAGCUAAAACCAGAUGUUUACAUAGCCACAUAUUUUUCUCGCUGUCUGGCACUUAAUGCAAUAAACGUUUUCUGUUUUCAGUUAAAAAUAUCACAACCAUUGUGUAACAGUAAAAAAUGUGCAUUUGCAUAAUAUUUUAAUUAGCAUUAUGUGGUCAUGAAUUA